AUGAUAACACCGAGCCUCAGGCUCUGCGGAGCCUGGGUAGGCGGAAACGCAAUUCAACAUUCACCCAAGAGUUUGGGCCUGUCCUUCUCUCGAAAGAUUCAUCUUAAAGCUUCGCAACGAUGGAAUCGGGAGCAGGUAAACCCCAACCCAAGCCGCCCCAUCGAAGCGAUACCGUACUCAGAGCUCACAAUCGGCGUGCCAACAGAGGUUUUACCUGGCGAACGUCGUGUAGCAAUGACGCCGAAGAACGUCUCACUACUACUGAAGAAAGGGUUCAAAAGAGUCCUCAUUGAGCAUGGUGCUGGAUUUGAAGCACAACUCCCAAUUCACGAGUACGAGGCCGCAGAGGCCGACAUGGCAAAUUCGCGUAACGUGUGGACCGAGAGCGACAUCGUACUAAAAGUGCGCCCUCCAAGACUUGCUGCAGGCAACUCUCCUUCCGCAAAUGAGGCACCUCGCUUCACUAGCAAUAUCAAUCAUUUUGUGGACGGCUUCAGACCCGGAAAGACUAUCAUAUCAUUCAUGUAUCCAACCCUCGAUCGGAGCAAGCCACUUGUCGAUACGAUGAAAGACAAAGGUAUCACUUCCUUUGCUAUGGACAUGAUACCCCGCAUCUCUCGAGCUCAGACUUUUGAUGCGUUGAGCUCGAUGGCAAAUAUCGCGGGUUACAAGGCUGUGCUGGAGGCUUCAAAUCAUUUUGGACGCUUUUUGACGGGGCAAACGACUGCGGCAGGGAAGAUUCCACCAUGUAAAGUGUUGGUAAUUGGAGCAGGUGUCGCUGGGCUUAGUGCAAUUGCUACAGCUCGUCGCAUGGGUGCUAUCGUUCGCGGCUUUGAUACUCGAUCGGCUGCAAGAGAACAAGUGCAGUCACUUGGUGCUGAUUUCAUUGAGGUAAACAUGCAAGAGGACGGUGCUGGUGGUGGCGGCUACGCCAAAGUAAUGUCUAAGGAGUUCAUUGAGGCAGAAAUGAAGCUGUUCAUGGAUCAGUGUAAAGAAGUCGACAUAGUCAUAACCACCGCGCUCAUCCCGGGCAAGCCAGCGCCAACCCUGAUCACUGAAGAGAUGGUAGCUGCAAUGAAGCCUGGCUCUGUCGUUGUAGAUCUGGCUGCCGAGGCUGGUGGCAAUUGUGAGACUACUGUACCCGGGCAGAUUGCUUGUCACAAGGGGGUUACUGUCAUUGGAUACACUGAUCUGCCGUCGCGCCUACCCACGCAAUCUUCAACGCUUUACUCGAACAACAUCACGAAAUUCCUUCUCUCAAUGUCACCGAAAGAGAAGCAUUUUGGUAUUGAUAUGUCCGACGAUGUCGUGCGUUACUCUAUCGUAACGCAUAACGGAGAGGUUGUGCCUCGACCGCCACCGCUUGCUCCCCCGCCACCAUCGGCCCCAAAAGCUGCAGAGCAACAAGAAGAGGUGAAAGCUGUGACCCCAUGGCAACGCGCGAUAAGAGAGGUGACAGCUGUAACUGGUGGCAUGACGACUGCACUCGCACUCGGGAAAGCCACCAGCCCAUUGUUCAUGAGCAAUCUCUUCACCUUCUCACUGGCUGGAGCCAUCGGGUAUCGCGUCAUUUGGGGCGUGAGUCCCGCCCUGCAUUCCCCGUUAAUGAGUGUGACCAAUGCGAUCUCUGGUAUGGUAGGCGUAGGUGGCUUUUUCAUCAUGGGCGGGCAUUACCUUCCUGAGACGAUACCACAAGCUCUUGGCGCAGCUUCGGUGCUGCUAGCCUUUGUGAACGUAUCUGGCGGGUUCGUGAUCACCAAACGCAUGCUGGACAUGUUCAAGCGACCUACAGAUCCGCCCGAAUAUCCAUUCUUAUACGCUGUCCCUGCGCUGGUCUUUGGAGGAGGCUACCUUGCAGCAGCUAGCACAGGAAUGGACGGACUCGUUCAGGCUGGCUAUCUUGCGAGCAGUAUGCUCUGUAUUGGCUCCUUAUCUGGGCUGGCUUCUCAAUCGACAGCGCGUACUGGGAACCUGCUCGGCAUGUUGGGUGUCGGCACUGGCGUUCUCGCAUCGCUAUCAGCAUGUGGUUUCUCUCCUGAACAGCUCGUUCAAGUUCUCGGGGUGGUUGGUGCCGGGUCUCUUGUUGGAUCACUGGUCGGAAGACGCAUCACCCCAACCGAGCUUCCUCAGACGGUGGCCGCUCUCCACUCAGUAGUUGGUCUUGCAGCUGUGCUGACAAGUAUCGGCUCUGUAAUGGCUUCCGUCGGUUCAGAGCACAUCGAGACUCUGCACCUUGUCACUGGCUACUUGGGCGUUCUAAUCGGCGGUGUCACCUUCACGGGAUCAAUUGUGGCUUUCAUGAAGCUUGCAGGUCGCAUGUCGUCUCGUCCGACUAUCCUACCUGGCCGGCACCUUAUCAACGUAGGCUUGCUCGGUACAAAUGUAGCCACAAUGGGCGCAUUCCUCACCAUGGCUCCCGGCGCACCAAUGCUCGCUGCAGGCUGCCUUGCCGCCAACACCGCCCUUUCAUUUGCGAAGGGGUAUACCACAACCGCUGCAAUCGGUGGAGCUGACAUGCCCGUCGUCAUCACAGUACUGAACGCUUACUCUGGCUUUGCGCUUGUAGCAGAAGGCCUCAUGCUGGACAAUCCAUUGUUGACCACAGUAGGCUCCCUCAUCGGCGUUUCCGGUUCAAUCUUGAGCUACAUCAUGUGCGUCGCAAUGAAUCGGAGCAUCACCAACGUGCUCUUCGGCGGCAUCGCGGCGCCCGCAAAAACCGACUUCAAAGUAGAAGGCGAGAUUACCAAAACCACCGUCGACGAGGCCGCCACCGCGCUGCUAAACGCCCAGAGCGUCAUCAUCGUCGUGGGCUACGGCAUGGCCGUCGCAAAAGCCCAAUACCCCAUCGCGGAAUUCACACGCAUCCUCCGCUCCCAAGGCAUCAACGUGCGCUUCGCCAUCCAUCCCGUCGCAGGGCGCAUGCCUGGCCAAUGCAACGUGCUCCUCGCCGAGGCUAGUGUGCCCUACGAUAUCGUCCUCGAAAUGGACGAGAUCAACGACGAUUUCGAGAACACGGACUUGACCAUUGUGAUUGGGGCGAACGAUACGGUGAAUCCGAUUGCAAUGGAGAAGGGGAGUCCGAUCGCGGGCAUGCCCGUCUUGCACGCUUGGAAGAGCAAGGAUACGAUUGUUAUGAAGAGGAGUAUGGGCAGUGGGUAUGCGGAUGUGCCGAAUCCGAUGUUCUUUAAGCCGAAUAAUAAGAUGCUGUUUGGAGACGCGAAGGCGAGCUGUGAUGCUAUUCUCGCGGCUAUCCAGGCUCAGGGGAGGUAA